GCCUUGGAUUGGACAAAGUGAACAUGGAAGGGUUUCGGAGCCGUCGUGCAUUGGUGGCACUGCUGGCAUGUGGGAUGUCUCGGUGUCCUGCAUGACACGACUUCAAGCUCGACAGGGUCGAACAAGGCUGCCAAACGAUUCGAGACCGAACUCACUGUGUAAGUCUCCAAGCCGACAGUAAUUUGUUUUUCCUGCUUUCAUUUCACACGCACGUAGUUGAAAAUUCCAAAACAAAAUCCCUUCCCAGAAACGCGACUUGUUGAGGGAACCGGGCAGGUGCCACUCAGUCUCAGUCUGCCCUGCGCAGCCACAUCUCGGACGCGUCCCAUCUCGUUUCUCCUGUCGCUGCUGCUUGCUGCUGCCUCUCUGCCUCUCUGCCUCUCCCGCUCGGCUUAUUGAAGAGUAGAAAUGCGCCCGGGGUUGCCAGAGACCAUAAAUGUCAAACCUGAAGAAGAAGAGAGAACCAUAGUCGCUGUGGCUAUUCGCGAUGAAUGAACCCGAGAGGAAGAAGGGCUUCUGGGACCUGUUCCGCACCAAGAGCUGGGCCACCAAAAGCGGGAAGUUGGAAAAGCCGCGUUUACGCAGGGCCAGCGAUGGCGACAGGCUCGGCCGCCCGGGAUCAGGCGCCACCCAGCCGGAGUCGCUUCCGACCCCGCGGCGCAGGGCCCGGCGUCCUGAUCCUAGUUCCGUCAAGGGAAAGGGCCGCGAGGCGCCCGACGGAUGGCCGUACGUGCCGGGCCCGCUCACCGAGUGGCCGCCCUCGGGCAUCUCCAGCAGGGAGGAGCUGUCCCUCGGACAGGCCAUGGAGCUCAUCUCCAGCGGCGUGCCCGCUUUCAGGGGCCACAAGCGGCCCGUACCCCAUGCCUCGGAUCACUACUAUGCCCUCUUUGCUACCGUGGCUGGAAAUGGCGGUGAGGAGACCGAUGCGGCGAACCUGCACGACUCCAUGACCCAGCUCAUGACCUUGAGACUUCUCGGCGGCUCUGGCCAGCCCGCCAAGCCAUGGGAGACCCUCGAGCAGCCGAGCUACGCGUUCUUCUUUGGCAAGCGCCCCGGGACAAUCACCCUCAAUCACUGGGUCUCUAUGUCGAGCGUCGUGCCACCGUCGAUCGCCCUGCGCGAUCUUGGCGUUGCCCCGAGAGAGGUGGAGCUGGAUGUGAUCCUACAGCGGAUAAAGGAGCUGGAAAGGGGGCUGGAGGACGACGACGAAGAGCUGAUGUACAAGAACCUGUAUCGCAGGUUCCUCCGGGAUCCGGACAAGAUGUUCAGCCCGCACAAGUCCAUGGACAAGCAGAUAACAGACUUAAUAAUCGUCUUGUCUCGGGGAGACUGGAUCGACUACACCAAACCUAGAAACCAGAUCGCCACGAGGCCUAUCUUCGACACCGAACCGGCAAACCACAAGACGUACGUCAAGUUCUUCCACCAGCUCCUCCUGAGCAUCGAGCUGGACCUACGGAUCAAUUCGCGCCAGCACCUGGAUGAGGCCAAGGAGAAGCUCCUCCUCCAGAUCCCGCCGACCAUACAGUGGAGCCUCGGCCUGGCCCGGAGAUGGCGCGACUACGUCAGGAUCGAGGAGUACGGCAAGACGGGGGACGAAGUCCGGCUCCGGCUGAAGCUGAAGCGGCGGCAGGUCAAGAUGCUGAAGCGGUUCGCCCAGAUGAUGAAGUGGCCGAACCUGGGGGCGACGAUGGAUGUGCUGCGGCGGCGCGACGCCGACCAGACGCUCGACCUCGUCAGCUCGCACGCCAUGGCCUUCUUCAGCGGGCUCGUGCUCCCCGGGGCGACGUUCCCGUUCCUCAUCAUGAACUCGCUCAUCGACAUGGACCCGGACCCGGCCACCGACGAGCUCGCCCUGCUCACCCACCUGCACCCGCACUGUGGCUUCCAGUACCGCAGCAGCUACACCUACUGGACUGCCGCUUCCAUCGUCGGCAAGGUCCUCGCCCCGACCUGCCACUCCAUCGCCGGCUGGGUCGGCCCCGCCCGCCCGACCGUCGACCUCUCACGCUCGCAGAUUGCCCGCAUCCGCUCCCGCCGCCCGCGCCACCAGCUAACACCCGAGGACGUGCGCUCCAUGUCCGAGCGCGGCGACCCCCUAGGCCCGCCCGCGUCCACCUUCCCCGUGAUCGAAUACGACCUCCCGGUAGUGGAACGCUCCUCCUCCUCCAACGGCCACGGCGGCGGCGGCGGCGGCGGCGGGGCCUACGACGCCGACGUGCGCGUGGAGCUGCUGACCCUCCGAGCGUGCGCCGACCGCGCCUCGGAGCCGGGCCCGCGCUGGUUCGACGCGAGCGUGCAGUUCGCUGUCGACGGGGCGUCGUGGCCGCUGCGGCUCGACCACGACGUGUCGUUUGUGUGCGCGUCGCCCUGCGCCGCGGGGCCGCACCCGCUCUUCUUCGACUACGCGUACGUCGCGCUCGGCGCCGCCGAGCUCGUCGACCUCUCUGGGUGGGACGGCGGCCGCGGCCACCACCACCAGCGCCACCGCCGCGGAGGCGGGAGCGGGAGCGCGAGGUCGUCGUCGACGACGGCGGCGUCGGGGCUGGGGGAGAGGGUCCUUGUGGUGGAGGCGUUCGGGGUGCCGGACAAUGAGGUGCUGGCUAGGGCGUGGUGCUCGCACUGGGAGCUCAGUGCCGUGGUGGCAGAUAUCGGCAGGACUUGCAUGGCAUGCGCCAUCCGCGAGGCGUACGCGGCUACUUUGACAGUGGUGAUAUUGGUGGACGAGCAAGACUCCCACCGCGACGACUGA